ACCCGUUUUGGCAAUGUGGCGACAAUUGGACUAUAAAAUGCCAAAGAAUUUUACCCAACAGCAUCAGUUACUGACAACCCAACCAACCCAAACAACCAAAUCAACAUGAAGUUCCUCAUCUGCUUGGCUCUCUGCAUCGCCGCCGCCCAGGCCGGCUACAUCGCCUCUCCAGUGGCCACUUACGCCGCUGCUCCGGCCUAUGCCGCCACCUAUGCCGCAGCUGCUCCCGUGGCUUACAGUGCCCCCGUAACGACCUAUGCUGCUGCCGCUCCUGCCUACUCGACUUACGCCGCUGCUGCUCCUGCCUACUCCACCUAUGCUGCCGCCGCUCCCGCAUACACAGCCUCAGUGUACAGCGCUCCGGCUUAUACCGCUCCUGUGGCCACCUAUGCCGCCGGUGCCGCCUACGCCGCUCCGAUCACCACCUACUCGGCUCCUGCUAUCGUCAGCCCCUUCCUCAAGAAGAAGUAAGCAGGACCCAUCAUUGAGCCAUCCAAACGAUUCGAUAAAAUAAAUUAAACGCCAAUCUAAA